AAGGAAAUGGAGGAAAAAAUGGUGUUUCCAGUUAUUCUCACUUGCAUUUUAUCAGUAACAAUUUUGUUUGUAUUAGGAAGACAAGUAAUUUGGAGAAAGGAUAACAGAAAGAAACGGCUACCACCAGGCUCAUUUGGAUGGCCCAUAAUCGGUGAGAGUAUCAGUUUUUUUAGAUCUAUCAAUUCUCCAUAUCAAGAACAUCGUCGAAAGUUCAUUGAUGAACAUGAAAGCAGGUAUGGACCGAUAUUCAGAUGCAGUUUGUUUGGAAGAGCAAGGACAAUUGUAUCAGUCGAUCCAGAGUUCAGUAAAUACGUUCUGCAAAAUGAGGGAAGAUUGUUUCAGGCCAAAUACCCGAGCUCUACAGUAAAACUUAUAGGCAAAUAUGGUCUACUGGAUGUUCAUGGAGAGCUACAGAGAAAACUCCAUGGAACUGCUGUAAAUUUGUUGAAGUCCGAGAAUCUGGAGUCUGAUUUCAUGGAAGACAUACAGCAUGUGUUUAUCACUGGCAUGAAAAAAUGGGAAAAACAGAGAGACAUCCCUCUUCAGCACAAGUGCCAUCAGCUUGUUCUGAACUUAAUGGGGAAAAAGUUGCUGGAUUUACCCCCUGCUGAGGAAUUGGAAGAUAUAUAUAAAGCUUUUGAUGAAUACAUUGGAGCUGUCCUCUGCUUGCCCCUCAAUAUUCCUGGAACUGCUUUUGCCAGGGGAUUUAAGGCAAGGAAAACUUUGAUAAAAAAGAUUUAUGAGUGUAUAGAGGACAGAAGAGAACAUCCAGAAGUGGACCAUAACGAUCUCUUGACGAAGCUUUUGAGAGAAGGCAUCUAUUCAGACGAGAUCAUUGCAGAUCUUAUAUUGUUUUUGCUCUUUGCGGGGUUCGAAACUUCGUCGACUACCAUGGCAUUUGCUGUGAAGUUUCUCACUGAGAAUCCGCAGGCAUUGAAGGAGAUUACGGAAGAACAUGAUGCUAUCUUAAAGUCUAAAGGUAAAGCUGACCAAACGCUAACGUGGGAUGAUUAUAUGUCAAUGAAAUUCACUCAAUGCGUUAUAAAGGAAACACUUCGUAUGGUUAGUGCUGCUCCGUGUCUUUUCAGAGAACCAAAAGAAGACAUUGAAUACAAAGAUUUUCUUAUUCCAAAAGGAUGGACAGUGUUUGUGUUCUUAAGCGGCCAACAUUUGGAUGAGAAGUAUCAUUUUGAAGCUCAGAAGUUCAACCCAUGGCGUUGGCAAAAUGAGGGCCAUGAGAUUUCUCAGAAUCCUUGGUAUAUGCCAUUCGGUAAAGGUGCUAGACUUUGCCCAGGAUAUCAUUUGGCUCGAUUUGAAAUUGCUCUCUUCCUUCACAACUUAGUCACUAAGUUCAGGGAAUAAAUGAUGUUGUAGUGGAAUCUCACCUAUCACGCCAGUUGCAGGAAGAGAUAUUCAAGGAGAUAACUGAAAGAUCAAACAACAGAGAUGCUGAAGAGUGUAAGGAACGACAUAGGAGAAGCAAUCACGCGAUACUACUCAUGUCUAACUCAAGUGGAAAUUGGUGUUGUAAAUACUGCCACAAUAUGAUAUGACUGUGGUUCAGUUUAGAUCCGCAUUUUCUAUAGCUUAACUCCAUCUAUCUCCUUUCUCGAUUAGUUAUCCGCCUCUUCUCUUCAUUGUGAUCUGUGUUGAUUAUAGGAGAUGUUUUCUUUUAAAAUAAUCUCUUCAUCUCUUCUCAGAGGUUAGAUAGAAAAAAGAGAAAGUAGAGAAGAGGAUUUUGAAAAUAAAGUUACAAGUGUUUUUGAGUUUCUUUUUAUGUUGAAUCAUGUAAUGACUUCCGGAGAACAAUGAAUAAAAAUAUGCUAUUCUGAGCACUUAAAGU